AUGAAGGCGCAUAACCCACGUCGUUUCUACUUGAUCACCUAUCCCCGUACUGGUUCUAACCUCCUGGUUCGAAUGCUAGGCCUGGAUAACCAGCCCGACUUUGUCUCUGGAGAUGACCGUGGUGGGUAUAUUUUCCUGCCGACUAUAAAGUUGAUGACGGAUCUAGGCCUCCGUUCGAAGAGUAUGGCAGAUUGGACACCAAAUGAAAUACAACAAGUGCAGCAGAGCUACCAGGAGUGCUUUGACGAAUUCCAAGAAUACCUGGAGGCAGCAUCAUUACAACGCCGUUCAGUCAUCAUAAAGGAGCAUGUUCAUUUUUUGGUCAAACCCACCGCACUCAGCGAGCUAGUCUUUGGCGCAAACAACACACCACACGACAUUCCCUGGACGCUUCAAAUUCCUGAAUCAUACGGUCUAGAACCGAAACAAUCAUUUCUCAACCAGACCGUGUUGCCAGACGAGUUCCUCAAAACAUGGUCACCAGCAUUCCUCAUCAGACAUCCUGCUCUUGCUUUCCCAUCAUUAUACCGUGCCUUGUGGGAGCUGGAGACCCCGGCGAAUGACGAAGAGGCCGAUUCCUUGGGAGAGCAUUGCAUGACACUGCGCUGGACCCGGGCACUAUACGAUUGGUAUUCACGAAAUUUGACGGCAACCGAAUCUUACAUAGACGGACGCAUUACAUGGCCCAUCAUCCUUGAUGCAGACGACAUAAUGACUGAUCCUGACGUGGUUGUCAGAUUCGCUGAGAUCAUGGUUCAAGGCAAAACAGCAGGGUCCAUUGAUAUCGAAACGGAGGCGAAGAAAUGGUGUUUGGAAUUUGGAUAUCGCGCUGGAAAGAGAAUCGAGCGGUUAGUGAGGGAGGCCAUGCCGGAUUACAAGUUCCUCAAGAGCAGGAGACUCACUCCAAGGCCACAAGCCCAGGAGACUUUACCAGUCGUAGAACUGUUCUGA